AGGCCCGGGGGUGUCGCUGUGCCGCGGAGGGCACUCCGCGCCCGUGCUCCUCCUGGCUCUCCGUCUUGUGGUCCCCUCUCCCGGUGUCCGGCUCUCCUGGCUACCCCCUGGGUUCCAGAGCCGUUUCCCCGGGACUGGCGCCUCCGAGUGCGGCGCUCAGACCGCCGGGCUCGAAGGUUCCCGCGGCCUAUGCGCCCCGCACGCGGCCCGCCCGAUCUUCCACCGCGCUCAUUGGGCUUUCUCUAGAAGCUCGCCGUUCUGGGUCGCGGCAGGUUGGUCUCUGCUGUGGCCACCUGAGCCUGCAGGAUGUUUCACGGGAUCCCAGCCACUCCUGGCAUGGGAGCCCCUGGAAACAAGCCGGAGCUGUAUGAGGAAGUGAAGCUGUAUAAGAAUGCCCGUGAGCGGGAAAAGUAUGACAACAUGGCAGAGCUGUUUGCAGUUGUGAAGACGAUGCAGGCCCUGGAGAAGGCGUACAUCAAGGACUGCGUCAGCCCCAACGAGUACACUGCGGCCUGCUCGCGGCUCCUGGUCCAGUACAAAGCUGCCUUUCGGCAGGUACAGGGGUCAGAGAUCAGCUCCAUCGAUGAAUUCUGCCGCAAGUUCCGACUGGACUGCCCGCUUGCCAUGGAGAGGAUCAAGGAGGACCGGCCCAUCACCAUCAAGGACGACAAGGGCAACCUGAAUCGCUGCAUUGCCGACGUGGUCUCGCUCUUCAUCACAGUGAUGGACAAGCUGCGCCUGGAGAUCCGGGCCAUGGACGAGAUCCAGCCCGACCUGCGGGAGCUGAUGGAGACCAUGCACCGCAUGAGCCACCUGCCCCCUGACUUCGAGGGCCGCCAGACGGUCAGCCAGUGGCUGCAGACCCUGAGUGGCAUGUCAGCCUCAGACGAGCUGGACGACUCCCAGGUGCGCCAGAUGCUCUUCGACCUGGAAUCAGCCUACAACGCCUUCAACCGCUUCCUGCACGCCUGAGCCCAGCCUCCCUACCCCCACCUUCCGCGAUGGUCCCACUUCCCCCGACGUCUGCAAGCGUUUUGCCAUGCACAGUGGCCUAGAGCCCGCUACCCCAAUAAAGAUGCUUUCUGACCUCCCUGCUGCUGUGGGCGCCCCCCGCCCGCCCCAGGCCCACCCUGCCUGUUUGUCUGCCCUCUGGGCCUCGGGAGCACGCAGCCCAUUCAUCAGGGAAGAGCCUCAGUGGCACUUCAGAGGCAGCGCCUUCCCUGGUGGGCACCGCCUGGCAAGCCAGCAGGGGUGCGCCUCCCCGCAGGCCAGGUAGGCUUGCAUCUGCCUGCCACACCUUCCCCCACCUCUCAGCUGACAGCUUUAGGCAGCGCGACGGCCCAGCUGGCCAGGUCGGCGCAGAGCCUGACACCUUUGCAGCAGGGCCCAUCCUUGUGCGGUGGCUCACAGGAGCGCCGGUUGGUAGUUCACAGUAGCACAGCUUGUCCUCCUGCCUGCCACCAAGGGUGUCCCUCACCCGGGAGCAAGGCCCAGCCGGCAGACGCCACGGGAGCCCCAGAGCUGGCCUUGCCCAAAGCCUGGUGGGGAAGCAACGCCUGCUCCAAGGCCUUGUGCCGUCAGUGCUGGAAGCUGCCUGGCCCCACGGGGUUCAUGUCUGCGUCCUCAUCCUCUGGGGCAGACAGCAAGCAGCAAACCAGAGACCAAGGCUCUGGGUUCCAGGGGGGUGGGUUCCAGUUUUAGCAGCUGUGGUGCUGGGAUAAGGGACACGCCAGAGUUUCAUUGUAGCAUUUUCUCUUAGUGGUACUUCUUUGUACCUGGCUUCUAGAGGCAACCAAAUAAAGUGUGUGGUAUCUCGA